UAUGGCAACAUCAGUAUAAACGUCAACGUCAAAAGCACGCGUGAAUCUGUUUACAAAACGUGUGAAUAUUUUUCAGAAGUUUCAAUGAUUUAAAUCAAGGAAAGCUUUAUAUUAAACAAAAUGGAUUUUAUUAUCGAUACUGUCGGAGAUGAUGAUCUCCAAGUGCGAACGGAAUUAGUGGAUGAUGCAGAGAAACCAUAUUAUAGAGAUCAAGAAGAAAGGCAGGCAGCAAUUCUAUCACUAUUCGACACAAAGAAGCAAGAAUUAGACACAAAACAUGCGGCAGAAGAAGAAAUAAAUUUAAAAUUAAAAAGUAUGAAGAUUGACAACCUUUGUGAUGAAUUCUUCCAAGAGAUGGGAUGGUCACAGUCAAUCAUUAUUAAAAAAGAGAAAAAGAAAAGGUUAUUCCACUUUGACCAGCUAGAUUUGGAGACUGGGAAACUGAAGUCCAACCUCGGUGGUGUCGAUGUUGAGAAGGAGAUGAAGAGUAGUGUUCUGAAGCCAGGGUUUGAAAAAGACCAUGAGAUGCCCAGCUAUGACGUCAGUAAGAACAGACUGAAGGCUCUUAGAAGGAAAGAACGAGAGAAGACCAAGGGACCUGGCUGGUUCAACCUGCCAGCACCAGAGGUCACUGAGGAGCUGAAGAAUGACCUCCAAGUCCUGAAGAUGAGAUCAGCUCUAGAUCCCAAGCACUUCUACAAGAAGAAUGAUAUGGAAGUGCUGCCUAAGUACUUCCAGGUGGGUCGCAUCAUGGAUUCUGCACUAGACCAUGUCAAUGAGAGAUUGACCAAAAAACAGAGGAAGAGGACUAUGGUCGAUGAACUUCUAGCAGAUGCUGAAUUCCAGAAGUACAACAAGAAGAAAUACAAAGAAAUAGUUGAUGAAAAGAGAAGGACAGAGUACAGAACUUUCAUGAGAGAUAAGAGGCAGAAGAAUAAAGCUGAAUUAAAGAAGACUAAGUUAAAAACUAAGAAGAAAGCAUAGAUAAUAAAUUAUUAAUUUAAUUUA